ACUUUGCCAAGUUGUUACUUUUUUAGGAAAAUUUGUACAAAUUAAAAAAAAACUACAAAUUUUAUGCUCCUUCUUCCCUAGCGCUAUUAGAGCAUUGAAUGGGUUGCCUGAGCUAGCCAGGUAAACCAGUGACUUGGCAGAAUUUAGGUCAUUGGUUAAUAUGCAUGGCUAAAUGAAUGGCGCGUAGGACGUAAUCAUCUUUUUUGAAGUAACGUAUACAUGUACUAUAUAUAAGAUAAGAUAAGAUUUGUCAUUAUCUAGAACUAGAUCACUUGUUUCUUUACAAAAUUAACUAAAAGAGCCUAGAUCUACAUCUAAAUUCUAGAACCGUAUCUAAAUUAGAUGAUCAGUCACCAAGGUGAAAGUCUCUAGAUCUAGAGUAUUUGUUUCGCUAACACGGCUAUGAUGCAGACAGUGAUGUUCUCCUUGUUCUACAACCCCAGACUGAUAACUUGUGCACGCAUCCGACUAUCAUGAAAGACAUGUGUGCAGAAUGUGGGGCAGACCUACGAAGUGAAAAUGGUUUAGCUGGGGAUAGGAAGAAAUCUGUAGCUGCAUCUGUUGCUAUGGUUCACAGUAUCCCAGAACUUAUAGUCAGUCAGGAGCAAGCCAUGGAAAUUGGUAAGGAAGAUGAGAACAGAUUACUUCGUCAAAGGAAACUAGUCUUGCUGGUAGAUCUGGACCAAACUUUAAUCCAUACAACUAAUGACAACAUCCCUCCAAAUUUAAAGGGAGUUAAGCAUUUUCAACUCUUCCAUGGCAAAGAUUUCAUGUGGUACCACACCAGAUUUCGCCCAUUCACACAACAGUUCCUGGAAUCUGUGUCCAAGAUGUACGAGCUGCACAUCUGUACCUUCGGGGUCAGACUGUACGCACACACCAUUGCCAGGCUGUUGGAUCCAGAGGAGAAAUACUUUUCACAUCGAAUACUAUCUAGGGAUGAAUGCUUUGAUGCCCUUUCAAAGACAGCCAACCUUAAGGCACUGUUCCCUUGUGGUGAUAAGAUGGUAAGCAUCAUUGAUGACAGAGAAGAUGUCUGGAACUUUGCCCCCAAUCUCAUCCAUGUCAAGCCUUACAGAUUUUUCCAGGGAACAGCAGACAUCAACGCUCCCCCUGGCCUCAGUAAGUCCGAGCAUGACAGUGAGCCCAUCGUUCACAAAAUUGUGGAACACUCUGAGGUCAACAAGUCUUGUGCUGACACUAAAGCAGUUGUUGAAGCUGCAAAGAGUGGUGAUGACCAACCUGCUUCAGAUGGAACCGAAAUUUCAUCCUGUGAUAAGUCAUGUGAGAAAGCACCAGAGGUUGUUGCUGAACCCUGUGAUUGUCUUACACCAUCGGAGAGUGCGGUUACUUCAGAUGACGUUGAGAUGACCGAACAAGCAGCUACAGACGUCAACAUUGUCCAGUCUGCUGAGGCCAGCAGCUCAGUUGGCAAAACUGAGACAACUCCAUCGCAUGAUCAUUCUGAAACCAAAAACGAAGAGUUUGCGGUUGACUCUAAAGAAAGCCUUCUAGUCCAAGAAACAAUUGAUAGCAAGGGAGAUAAGUGCAGCACUAAAGAUGAUAAAUCUGAGACCAAUACAUCUGAACAGUCAGCGCCAGCUUCGAGGGAGACAAUGCCUUCUGAGAAGGAUGAUAGCAUUGAGUGGGACGAUGAAGAUGAUUACCUCCUUUAUCUGGAAGAGAUACUGACACGAAUCCACAAAGCUUAUUAUGACAUGUACGAACAGACUCAGUCCAAAGGUGUCUCAGAGCUUCCAGAUUUGAAGAACAUAAUUCCCUACGUCAGAAAGAAAGUUUUGAAAGGUGCAAACAUUGUAUUCAGUGGACUGUUUCCUCUCAACAUGCCGGCAGAACAGAGCCGAGCGUACAUUGUGGCCAAAGCUCUUGGAGCUAACAUUCAGAACGACAUUAUAUCGAAGAAGUCUAAAGAUGGCAGCAGCGGCGAGGCUACGACACACUUAGUGGCAUCUAAGCCCGGCACAGGGAAACAUAAGCUUGCCCUGAAGACUAAAGGCAUACACAUUGUGUCUGGAGACUGGCUCUGGACAUGCAAUGAACGGUGGACAUGGGUGGAUGAAAGGUUAUUUCCCUUGGGGCUGAAAGAGGGGAAAACUACCCCAAGUCCAGACACCAGCAACGGCUCCAAAAAAAAAACUUCAAAAAGAAAAAAUGAAGUAGAUAUCGACGCCGGUGACAGUGACUGCGUCUUUGCAGAAUGUUCCAGUAGUAACAGUAAAAAACAAAAGAUAGCCGAUUCAGAAACCCUUAGAGAGGUUUCUAUGGAGCCGAGCACCUCGUCAUUCUAUGAGGAAGCAGAGCCCCAGAGAGAUGUCACUAUGGAGCCAAGUACUUCGUCAUUUGACGAGGGAGCCCAAGUCCAGUCCAAGUCUUCCUUCGCCACAAGUUUUAAUCCUCUUUACUCCCUGUCUGAUGAGGAUUUGGAGUUGAUGGACAAAGAAGUGGACGAACUGAUGGGGGAGGAUGAGGACAGCUCGGAGGAGAGCGACAGCGAGCGGGAGGCUCGUCUGAGGAAAGAAGUUCUUGGCAAGAGCCAGGAAUCCGACUCUGACUCAGACAGCUUAUCAGGGGACCUCCCUCGGGGCUGGAAGCUGCACAGGAAGUCCUGCUCCCCAAAGAAAGACGAGCAGGAAGAAGAGAGCCAGAAAAGAUCCGACGCUGAAGAUGAUGAUGAAACAGAGAAUGAACUGGAGCGCUACCAGAAGAACAUUGCUGCUUUUGCGGAGAAAGAAAGUUCCUCAGACUCCAGUGAAAGUGAGCAGUCUAUUGGCUCUGUGGAUGACGAGAUCGCAGAAGCAGUGGAAAAAGAAUUCUUGGGGACCUGAAUCGCCCACAGUGUUCUAGUUGUUAUGUUUUAUCAUUUCUAUACAGCUCAACAAUUGUACAAAGAAUUCGAUACAAAUAUGAAAUUAUCCUUUUUUUUUUUUUUUUUUUUUUUUUUUUUAAUUUUUAAUUGUUCAAAAAAGGAAAGUACCAGUACUCGUUUCAGACCUUGCUAUUAGACAGAUGUAAAGGUCAUCCAUUUCUAUGGCUGAUGGUUAAUGAGGGUGUUAUGUAGCCAGAAAAUGAAGAUUUGCCUUUACUUUCCCCAGCUAAUUUCACAAUAUCAUUAGACUAUUAGAGAUAGUGGACUUAAAAAUCCUGAAAUUCAAUAUUCCAUUUAGAUUUUAAAAGAAGAAUGUUAAGAAAGUACAUUGCAUCACUACUAUGAAGAAAUGAUAACUCGAAGCAGCAAGUGUUUUAAAAAAAAAUAUAUGUGAAAUGAAAUAUAUGAAAAACUCAGAAAAAAAAUGGUAUAUAAAAAAAUAAUAAAGUUAUCUAAAAAAAAAACCAUAUUGUCACAACAUUGUUUGAUGGCCAGUGACAUGAAUUGGUUAUGAAGCACUAGAUCCAUUUGUUUUAUGAAGAGUAUGAGGUCGCACGUGAAAAUCAAAGGGGCCACAUUGAAUUGUGGGAUAUUAAUCCCAUGGUCUAGUAGUAGACCCUAGAGAUAUAAUAGACAGACUUGUCUUGUAUUUAAGAUGAAAGUAUUAUUAGCUAUGUGUUUGAUGAAUUCACUUGGACUAUACUAUUGUUUUAUGUGAUGUAUUCUACGCUAUUUCUUGACGGCUGAAGUUGCCAAUAUAUUAUAAAAUUGUUAUUUUUUGUGUUAAAUAAAACCAUGUCUGCUA